ACCAGCGUGCCCCCAGCACUCAGCGAGCGCCUUGGGGCAACCCACAGCUCCUGGCCACAGAUCCCUGUGCAGAGCCAUGGCAGGGGAAGGGGAGCUCAACCGUGUCAUCAAGGACCUGCAGAAGACCGUGGCUGAGCUGAACUGCAGCUACCGGGAGCAGAACCUGCCAGUGACGGACGGGAGCCGGGAACUGCACAGCCUCUGUGCCCAGCUGGAGUUCCUCCUGCAGUUCGACCUCAAGGAGAAGAGGAGCUUCUUUGGGCAGCGCAGGGACUAUUGGGACUUCUUGUGCCAAGGCCUGGCACGGUGCCGGCAGGAGCAUGAGGGCAUUCACUUCGUCACCUCCUUGGACAAGCUGAAGACCCCUGUGGGCAGGGGCCGAGCCUUCCUGCGGUACUGCCUGGUGCACCGGCAGCUGGCAGAGUCCCUGCAGCUCUGCCUCCUCGACCCCGAGAGCCUCCGCGAGUGGUACUACGCCCGCAGCCCUUUCCUGAGCCCCCAACACCGGGCGGAGAUCCUGGGCAGCCUCUAUGAGCUGGACUGUGUCACCUUCCACCUGGCCCUGCACAGGGACGACCUGGACACCUCCUGGCCCAUGUUCUCUGAGUGCCACUUGGUGUCACCAGCCCCGCUGCCCUUUACAUCCCUGAAGGUCGCUGGGAAUGUAAAGGUGGAGAACAUGGAGGGGGGUGUGGAAAACACAGAGGUGAAGAAGGACAUGAAAGGGGAGGAUGAAGAGGAGGUGGAAAAGGAUAAGGACAAGGAUCCGGAGGAGGUGGAGGAUGUGAAUGUGGAUGUGGAGGAGGACAUGGAGGAGGAUUUGGAAGAAAAGGUUGAAGAGAAGCUGGAGGAAGAUGAGAAGAAGAUGGAGGAUGUGGAUGUAGAGGAACUGAAGGAUGCAUAUGGCUCUGGCAAAUCACCUCAGCCUGAUGGUGCCAGGGAACCUGGCACUACCCCACUCACUGGCAUGAGAUGCAUGCUGAGUUCUCCAUCCCUGGUGCCCAAGCAGCCAGGUGGGAUGGAGGCAUCCCUGCAGGCACUGGUGUCCCAGCUGAGGGCCCAGCUGGGUCAGAAGGAGGUGGCAGUGCAGACACUGGCAGCACAGCUGGCACAGACAGAACUGCGGCACCAGCAACAGGAGGAGGGCAGUGCCCAGCGGGCCCGGCUGUGGGCACAGGAGGCUGAGGCGCUGCGGGAGACCAACACUUUCCUGGAGCGGGCGCUGGAGAUGGUGGUGGCAGCAGGGUGCCAAGGGGCUCUGGCACAGGCACAGGAGGAGGCACGGGGCUGGCAGGAGGUAGCAGAGGAGAGGGGCACCCAGCUGACCAAGGUGAUGGCAGAGGUGGCAGCACUGACCUCACGCCUGCGGGAGUGCCAGGAAGCGGUAGUGGCAGCAGGACAGACAGACAUCCUCGGGCAUGCUGGUGCCCUGAAUGAGGAGGCCACUGUGGAGGAGGUGCUGCGGCAGGCACUGGAGCUCGCCUGUGGUCCCCAGGAGCCCCCACUGGACCCCCAGGCAGAGGGAAAGCACAGCACAGCUGCCAGCAUGGCCAUGCACUUGGCCAGCCUGGCCGCUGCAGCGCGGGAGGAGACCUGGCAGAGCCGGCAGCAGCUCCAGGCCCAGCGACAGGAGGUGGCACGGCUGCAGGAGGAGCUCAGCAGGGCCCGGCAGGACGGUGAGCGCUGGGCAUCAGCACUGCAGCGGGCACAGCGGGAGGCCCUGGAGCGGGAGGCCAUGCGUGGCGCUGAGCAGGCGCGGCAGCAGGAGCUCAUCCGGGACAUGAAGGAGCGGCUGCUGGAGCUGCUGCGGGAGAAGGAUGCCCUGUGGCAGAAGACAGAGGGCAUCGACACCCCCAUGCCCGGCCCGGCACCCCGUGACACAGGGCUGUGCUCCCGCUGCCACAAGGAUUUCCGCCUCCUCUCCCGGCGGUACAGCUGCAGGCUGUGCCAGGGCAAGGUGUGCCACGCAUGCUCCAUGGACUUUGGCAAGCAGGGCCGCUGCUGCCUGAUUUGUUACCAGCAAAGGCACCCACAGGCUUCAUGA